AUGUCCUCCCUUCGUCAAUCUCUUGUCACCUUGGCCUUGGCCAUGCCCCUCGCCCUGGCAUGUGUCGCCAAGAACUCUAUUCCCGAAGCCACCGAGACCAUCUCCAAUACCGAGCCUAUCGAGGUUGCCGCUGGCGAGGUCUUUGACGGCAAGGGAGCUCGCUAUGAUCGUGGAGCUGAUCCAAUUACAGGCCAGGCUGAUACCGUCUUCAUUCUUCGAGAGGGUGCUACUCUCCGCAAUGUCAUUAUUGGUCCCGAUCAGCAUGAGGGUGUCUACUGCAUUGGCGGAGGCUGCACCAUCGAGAACGUGUGGUUUGAAGAUGUGUGCGAGGAUGCUAUCUCCAUCAAGGAGGAUGCUGCCGGCACAACCACUAACAUCAUUGGUGGAGGUGCUUUCCACGCUGCCGACAAGGUCAUCCAGCACAACGGCUGCGGAGCUGUCAACAUCAAGGACUUCUACGCCGAGGACUACGGCAAGGUCUACCGUGCCUGCGGAACUUGCGAUGCAUGCAAGCGUGAUGUUCACGUUGAGGGCGUUUCUGCUUACGGCGGCGGAGAGGUUGUGGGAAUCAACAUUGAGACUGGAGACACUGCCGAGCUUGUCAACGUCUGCACUGACGCCAAGACGCCUUGCCAGCUCUAUGAUGGUCCUGGCUCCAAGGCUGGCGAGUGCUAA